AUGUUCUUUCAUUCAUUGAUCCUGGCUGCUGGCAGCCUGUCUACUCUCAUUCAAGCCGUUCCCCAUGGUUCGAACGGGCACCACAACUUGCACCGUCGCGGCGCCUUGUCCGCUGCCACCUAUGCUUUGAUGGGUGGUAGCGGUGAGGUAUCGGACGGAUGGCCCUCGCUUUCAGACUGGAAGGAGUACGACGUUCUCUGGGAACUCAACAAGAUCCUCAUUUCCUCAGCCUGCGACAACAGCGACACGGAAACGGACCAAAUCAACGAACACAUUAAAUCGAUCGCCAGCUCCAGCGGCGUCGACGAGCGCUUCAUCCUGGCAAUCAUCAUGCAGGAGAGCAAGGGCUGCGUCCGCGUCCAAUCCACCAACAACGGCGUCCAGAACACUGGCUUGAUGCAAAGCCACGACGGCUCAGGAACCUGCGUCGGCGUCACCCCUUGCCCAUCCAGCAUGAUCAAGCAGAUGAUUGAGGACGGCACCACCGGAACUUCCGCUGGCGAUGGCCUCCAGCAGUGCUACCAAGCCCAGAGCGGAAGCGAGGUCGCAAAGUACUACAAGGCCGCCCGUACCUACAACUCCGGCUCCAUCGAUGCCUCCGGUAACCUCGGCCAGGGUGGCGCUACUCACUGCUACGCCUCUGAUAUCGCCAACCGUGUCCGUGGCUGGGCUGGUGAUGUUAGCGAGUGUAUCGAGAGUACCAUUGGUACCUUGACCAGCGGCACUGAAUCUUCUACCUCGGACUCUUCCGACUCCGGCUCCGGCUCCGGCUCCAAUGACACUGGCAGCUCUUCCUCGUCUACCUCUACCGCUGCCGCGCAGCCAACAGAGACUGCUCAGCCCCAGCCCACCGAGACUGCCGAGCCCACCGAGACCGCUGUCCCUACCACCACCCCCGCCGCCGCCUGGACCCCCCAGGUCAAUGUGCAGAGCGCCGCCCCUACCCCAUCGUGGACGACCAAGUCUGCCCCAGCGGCGACAGCCAACUCCGCGCCUGCUGCUUCGUCCUCCGGCGCGCCUCUCUACCCAUACGCUUCGCCUUCAUGCCAGAAGUACUACACUGUCGUCAGCGGCGACAUCUGCAACGCUGUCAGCGAAACUGCCGGUAUCUCAUUCUCCGAACUGCGAAGCCUGAACUCGCGUCUCAAUGAGAACUGUGACAAUCUCUGGCUUGGUUACCAGUACUGUAUCAAGGCUUAA